UAUCAUAUUGGCUCCUCUGUCACCUAAAUUUCUGAGUGGUGGCAGUACUGACAGUAGGGAAUGUAAAUUUGUUCAACAUAACCUCUAAAUUUCAAACAGCCCUUGCUGCAAACGUAAUACCGAAAGAAGAACUACAAUUUUUCUAAUUAGAAUGAAAAGGAGAUUAGUAUAUGACGCAGCACAUGAAGUGGAAUGCGAAACUGAAAAUUUAUCCUUGCCGUCAGCAGAAAAUUGUCAAAUAGACUAUGAGCCGACACAUUUCCUAAGAUGCCAUUCACGAAAAAAUGACCCAGCAGAUGUUCAAACACAGGUAUGGCAGUGUGCCUUUGAACCUAACAGAGAUGACCCAAAGAAAACCACGAAUAUAGUUGCAACAUGUGGCGGAAAUAUCAUUUGUUUCAUCAAUGUAAAAACAGGAGAAGUGACAGAGAAGUUCAUUUCAAAGGACAUAAGAGAGAUGUUCUACUCCAUAGCAUGGACAACUCUCUUUGUCGACUUGGUCGAUCCCCCUCAGAUGAACAUAUUAGCUGCUGGUGGAGCAAGAGGAACAUUACAUCUCAUCCACCCAGAGGAUGGCAUAGCUUUUUUUGAACAUCAGAUCAUGAGAUCAAAGACAGUGACAAUUAGCAGUUUGUUGUUUCAUCCUAAACAAUGCAACAUCCUAUUCUGUGCCAUGAGUGAUGGACACGUGACAGGGUGGGACAUCGGUUCUCCUUCUCCUCCAGAUUAUAAAAUGCAGCUCAAUCAUCUCCUGACAUUAGAAGCACGGUUGGAAAUAUUUAACCUCGUAUAUUCGCUGCAAGGAGAUGUUCUUAUGGCGGCUUGCAGCACUGGCGUAUGUGGAUGGAUUGUAACGCGAGAUACAUUACAGAAAAAGAAUGAAGGUCUGCCGAUGCUGAAAUUCCAGUUUCCAAGAAAGCACGUGCAGGACACGAGCGAGCCUCAACUCGUUGACUCUCUGCAUGUAGUGCAAGAUGGCAUAAUAGCUACCAAGUGUGCUCUUCACGGUGUAAUAUACCUGUGGGACCUGAUGGCAACACUGUCUGCAAGAGAUGGUGAGGAAAUCAUUGCAGUGACACCAAUCCAUGUGCUGAGUUGGAGCAACACUGAUAAUUACUUCAUGAAUAUUGGGUGUCAUCCAGUUGCAGGCCUUCUUGCAUGUGGAGAUGACCGAGGGGCUCUGUGGCUGUACAGUCUCAGUGAAGCAAUGCAGACAGAAGAACAUGAAACCAAAGUGCAGCCUUUGGCCAUCUUGGAGUGGCCAGACAUCACAGACUUGAAUCUUGACCGCAACCGUAAACUGCGCCUCGAUGUGUAUGAUAUCGUGGUGGACGGCGUGGCCAUUAACUGUACCGGCAAAUAUCUGGUGGCCGUUACCAGUAACAAUAUGGUCUGUAUAUGGAAACGAGUAGAACAGACGGGAAGUCUGAAGAAAUAAAUGCUUUCUGUUACAUAAAA